CUCCUCGACUCCAACUGGUGGCCCCUGACCGAGUUCGGGAUUAACGUGGCCUUGUUCCUGCUGUACAUGUCCGCCGCCGUUGUGUACGUCAACGACACCAACCGAGGCGGGCUCUGCUACUACCAGUUGUUCAAGACGCCGAUGAACGCGUCUUUCUGCCGUGUGGAGGGGGGUCAGACGGCAGCCAUCGUCUUCUUGUUCGUCACGGUCAUCGUCUACCUGAUCAGCGCCGUGGUGUCUCUGAAGCUGUGGAGGCAUGAGGAGGCCAGGAGGCACAGGGAGCUGGUGGAACAGGAGAUGAGAACACAGUCCUCUUUUCCAGAAAAGAAGUAUGAAAUUGAUGACAGACCAAGAGAAGAGGUCACUUACAGACAGUUUAAAUCAGUGGAAAGGAAACCAGAACUACUUAAUGGACAUAUUCCUGCAGGCCACAUUCCCAAACCUAUCGUGAUGCCAGACUACUUGGCGAAAUACCCAGCAAUUCAAACAAAUGAGAUGCGAGACCGGUACAAAGCAGUGUUCAAUGACCAGUUUGCUGAGUAUAAAGAACUGUCUGUGGAAGUUCAUGCUGUAUUAAAGAAGUUUGAUGAGCUGGAUGCAUUGCUGAGACAGCUCCCUCACCAUCCUGAAAGCUUGUAUGAACAGGAAAGGAUAUCAAAAGUUCUGCAAGAGUACAGGAAGAAGAAAAACGACCCUGCAUUCUUGGAGAAAAAGGAGCGAUGUGAAUACCUAAAGAAUAAGCUUUCUCACAUAAAACAACGAAUUCAGGACUAUGAUAAAGUUAUGAAUUGGAAAGUGGAAACUUAG